AUGAAUUUUAAGUUUACGGUUACUUUGUUUCUUGCGGCUACUCUGUUUCUUGCAGUUACUCUUCUCUUUUCUCUUUGUGAAGCCCUUAAGGAAGGAAAAAGUUGUGUAGCCAAUGGAAACUAUGAUUCAGGGCUACAUUGCGAGACUUGCCUUGCAAAUGGCAAUGUGAAAGAAUUGUCGUUUAAUCGGUACUCUUGGCUGAUGACACACAAUUCUUUUGCCAAAUUGAAAGCGAAGUCCGGGAUAGGAGGUGUAAUAUUAGCUCCAAUGAAUCAACAGGACACCAUCACCGAACAUCUAAAUGUAAGUUUACACCUUCGUGAUCUCUUUCUUCAAAGCUUCAAAAACAUAGAAAUCACAAAGGGUUUAGCUCUUUUUCCUAUGAUGCCAAAACCAACCCAAGACAAGAUUGCUGAUUUUGAGAUGAAGCUAAUGGACAUUGACAGUGAGCAUCUUGGGAUUCCUGAAGCAGAAUACCAUCAUCUUGUUAGAAUGCCUUCGGCUGAGUUUGGUAGAAUUUGCAAAGACCUUAGCAGCAUUGGAGAUACAGUUGUUAUUUCAGUGACAAAGAAAGGUGUAAAAUUCUCAAUCAGAGGUGACAUUGGUACUGCUAAUAUUGUUUGUAGGCAAAAUACAAUUGUUGAGAAGCCUGAAGAAGCUACAGUUAUAGAGAUAAUUGAGCCAGUAUCAUUGACAUUUGCCCUGAGAUACUUGAACUCCUUUACAAAAGCAUCUCCAUUAUCUAAUUUGAAGCAGGAGAGAACUGGAGAAGAAUGUGCUUACAAGAAAAGAAAGACGAGCAGAAAGCCAUGGACGCAAUAUGGGAAUUUUCUUGUUUAUGCAAUUUGUUUUCUUUAA